UGUAAAUCAGACACAGCCUCUGGCUCGGUGUCUGAACGCGGUGUGCCAGGCGGGCGUUUCCCCGGUUCUUUACCGUGCUGUGUGUCUGGCUCCGGAUCUCACUCCACGUUCAUGGUCACCUCUUGGCGCAGCCGACUGCUUUCCCACUAUCUUCCUUCUCCAGAUACAACAGCGGGAACCAGCGGCAGCCGCAGCAGAAAAUUAAAAGCGGAAAAGCAGCAUCGUCGAUAAAGGAAAAGAAACCGGGACAUCGUUGGAAUUCAAAAACACAGCGAUUCCACCUCCUCAGACAAGUUUAUUUUUUAAAAAAAAUUACCGAUUCCACCCUUCCACACCGAAUUAAACUUUGAGGAAAAAUUUAACAACAGCUGGAAUUCUUCAGUGUGGUGUCCUGCAGAAGAAAAUAAGUUUCAAAGAGGAUUUUACCCACCCUCUUGGUCUGGAAGCCGGUGGCUCCCCGCCCCGGAUUUUUAAAUAACCGAGCACUUAAAAAGGAAAACAAUUAUAGGUCCGACCUGACCGGGAGUUGGGGACGAGGGGAAGCGGCCGGAGGCGGCCAGCCGCACGGAUUCACGACGGCGCCGGCGGGAGGCGCGAGCUGACGGUCGGCUGCAUUCGGCCGGGUGGCGGGGCCCGCCGCUCUCCUCUGACGGGAUUUCGAGGCUCUUUACUUUGUCCCGGCUGCCUGUCUGGCCGCAGCAAAGAUGAGUGCCAGGUCACGGGCUGUUGGCGGUGUGCUGCCCGGCUGUCAGUGAGCAAGGGGGUCGCACACUUGCCCACACGGCGCCUUCUGAUUGCAUUUGUUUGUACAUUCAUCCUCGUAGGACAUGGCUGCUUCCUUCUGCCUUCUCUUCUUUGGAAUGCUGGCCGCCUUUUCGAGCGCCGGGGGCGCUGCCCAGAAUAAUGAGAGGCGCUGUGCCUUUAAAGACUCGUUUACAAAUUCUGAAGAACAUGGUAUCAGUGAAGAACGCAUCAACCAAGAAAAUGGCACCAUUGUGUGUGCGAAGGGCAGUCAGUGCUAUGGAUUGUGGGAAAAGAUGAGUGAUGGAGGAGUUCGUAUAAAGAAGCAAGGCUGUUGGGCUCACUUCGGAGACAAGGAGGAGUGCCACCCUCCAGAGUGUGUGGUGACAAACCACAAAGAGAAUGGGACUUACCGCUUCUGCUGCUGUAGCACUGACAUGUGCAACGUCAACUUCACCGAGAAAAUUAUCCCAGAACCAGCCCCGACAGAACCGAUAACAGGUCCUUCAAGUAGACAUUCCAAAGAGGAGCCAAUUGUAAUUGCCUUGGCAUCAGUAUCUGUCGUAGCUGUCCUGAUUGCAGCUCUCUUCUUUGGAUAUAGAAUGUUUGCAGGAGACAGGAAGCAUGGACUUCACAGUAUGAACAUGAUGGAGGCAGCACCUUCUGAGCCUUCCCUGGAUUUGGACAGCCUUAAGCUGCUUGAGGUAAUUGGCCGAGGUAGAUAUGGUGCAGUAUAUAAAGGAUCUUUGGAUGAACGUCCAGUAGCUGUGAAAAUCUUCAGUGCUUCAAACCGUCAGAAUUAUAUCAAUGAGAGAGACAUAUACAGGCUCCCACUGAUGGAGCAUGAAAACAUAGCCCGCUUCAUUGUGGCUGAGGAAAGGAUAUCCAGUGACAACAGAACCGAGUACAUGCUGGUGAUGGAAUACUAUCCCAAUGGGGCAUUGUGUAAGUACCUGAGUCUUCACAGCAGUGACUGGGUUGGCUCCUGCCGAAUGGCACACAGCAUCACCAGAGGCCUUGCCUACCUUCACACAGAAUUACUACGACCUGAUCAAUACAAAGCAGCUAUUACACACAGAGAUCUCAACAGCAGGAAUGUGCUAGUGAAGAACGAUGGAACGUGUGCCAUCAGUGACUUUGGCCUUUCCAUGAAACUGACUGGCAAUAGAUUGGUUCGACCAGGAGAAGAGGACACUGCAGCCAUCAGUGAGGUUGGCACAGUCCGUUACAUGGCUCCUGAGGUAUUGGAGGGAGCAGUAAAUCUACGGGACUGUGCGUCUGCUCUCAAGCAGGUGGAUAUGUAUGCGCUCGGCCUUAUCUACUGGGAAAUAUUCAUGAAGUGUUCAGAUCUUUUCCCAGGAGAGGCAGUGCCUGACUAUCAAAUGGCCUUUCAGGCUGAGGUGGGAAACCACCCCAGCUUUGAGGAUAUGCAACAUUUGGUCUCUAGGGAGAAGCAGCGACCCAAGUUUCCUGAAGCCUGGAAAGAGAACAGUCUGGCAAUGCGAUCAUUAAAGGAAACGAUGGACGACUGCUGGGACCAGGAUGCAGAGGCUCGUCUCACGGCCCAAUGUGCAGAAGAGAGAAUGGCAGAACUCAUGGUGAUGUGGGAUCGAAACAAAUCUGUGAGUCCCACAGUCAAUCCCAUGUCACAGUUUACCACAACAGCCAUGCAGAAUGAACGGAACCUGUCACAUAGUCGUCGAGCUCCGAAGUUGGGACCAUACCCUGAUUAUUCUUCCUCUUCAUACAUUGAAGAUUCUAUUCACCACACUGAUGGUAUGGUAAAAAAUAUCUCUACUGAAAACUCUACAUCUGGCACACCAUCAACCACUAGUGAGAAGAAUCGCAACUCAAUUAACUAUGAAAGACAGCAGGCUCAAGCACGGAUCCCUAGUCCAGAGACCAGUGUCACCAGCUUGUCAGCAACGACUACCACUACAAACACUGCAGGCCUCACACCCAGCACUGCCAUGUCCACAAUCUCAGAAACACAGUACUCUGAGGACACUAACACACAGGUAGGCAACUUACUGCCACCUCUUAGUUCUACCCCAGUAUGCCUGCAGCUGACUGAAGAAGACCUGGAGACCAACAAACUAGAUCCCAAAGAAGUGGACAAGAACCUCAAAGAGAGCUCAGACGAAAACUUAAUGGAACACUCUCUGAAGCAGUUCAGUGGAUCUGACCCUCUUAGUGGCAGCAAUCCCAGUCUCCUGUACCCUCUGAUCAAGCUGGCAUCUGGGGUAACUGGGCACCAGGAUUUUCCCCAGCCCAGCACCAGUCAGGCUUGUUUGAUCCCUGACAUCCCAGCCACUCAGAUGUACCCCCUCCCCAAACAACAGAACAUCCCUAAGCGUCCCACCAGCCUCCCUCUCAAUGCCAAAAAUAUGGCAAAGGAAUCGCGACUGAAGUUUGGCAGCAAGCACAAAUCGAACCUUAAACAAGUGGAGACAGGAGUGGCAAAAAUGAACACCAUAAAUGCAGGAGAGCCCCAAGUGGUAACUGUCACUGUGAAUGGCAUUGCUAGAAGAGAUCAUGCUGUGAACCCACACCCAGUGGUCAUUCAGUAUGCUAAUGGAUCAAUACCUGGCCCUCAGAAGUCCAAUGUAGUGAGCCAUCGAGGCCAGGAAGCCCCUCAGUCUCAGUUUAGUGGGGAGGACAGCAGAGUGAACAUAAACUCCAGUCCAGAUGAACAUGAACCAUUGCUGAGGAGGGAACAGCAAGCCACUCGGGAUGAUAUCAUUGCCGAGAGGUUAAUGGACAGGAGGGACCGUCUGCUUGACCAGGGACGGACAAAUUCCAACAAUAACAACAACAGCAAUCAAUGUGGCACAGUGGAUGGUACAUUGACAAAUGACCAGCAAGGCCCAGUGGCACGGCGGCAAGGAAAGAGGGCAGAAAGGCCAAACUCACUUGAUCUCUCAUCAACCAGUAUUCUGGAUGGCUGCAGUACACCAUGUGAGACAACAAAGGAAAGUAAGCAGGCCUCUUCAGGGGACAAAAUAAAGAAACGAGUUAAAACUCCAUACUCACUAAAGAGAUGGCGACCCUUGACAUGGGUUAUUUCGACGGAGCCCAUCGAUGGCGAGGUCAACAACAAUACAGGCAGCAACAGUGCAGUGGGGCGUUCGAAAUCUAGCACUACAGUUUACCUGAUUGGGGGAGGUAGUGGUGGCACUGCCACGGCAACAGUUGGCACAGAGACCGGACUGAACUGCUUGUGAAACUUUAACUAUUACUUUGUACUUUGUAAGGAGAGAAAGAAACAAAUGUAAAUGGACAGCUAUUCCACCCUUGAACUACACCCCUAUCCCAAAUUCAGACUUAAACUACACCCCUAUCCCAAAUUCAGACUUGCUUUAGAGUUCAGCUAUGCAGCAAAGCUUAGAAAAUCUGUAAUUUUUGAGAGCUUUUUUUUUGUUUGUUUUCCUUCUUCUUGCACUUUUUUUUUGGAAAGGAAGAAAGAUAAUCUUUGAGUGAAGCCUAGCCUGAGGCAAGCACUACGAAGGGUCUCACCAAGAUCACCGAGCAGCACACAACUUUAUUAGCACUCAUUGUGGAUUAGCUGGGCCUCUGGUGAAGAUCAUGCACGUGGGUUUCAGGGCAGGUGUAACAAAUGGUGAGCAAAGUGGAAAACACUGAAUUAUUUGCCUCCCCAUCGAUGCCAUGUAUGGAGACAUUCUGAUUUUGUUACUGAAUUAUAAAGAGUAUAGUAUCAUCUUUUGACAAAAAAAAUCUUUUGUUGGAAUGUGCAAUAGGCUUAGCUUAGCAACGCUUUUAAAAAAAGAAAGAAAAUUAUUAUUUAAAAGUUGUGUCUCUUCUCUGUAUAUCACUGAAGGUUGCUUAAUGUGCAUGGGCCAGUGGUGACCUUGUUCCUCCUCUGCAGCCCCUUCACCCACCCCUUCUGCACACCCAUCCGCCACUCCUGCAAUGGAGGGUUGGUGCACUAUGCAUGGUUCCCAAAUGUUGUUGCAGUGGCAGACAUCUCCCCUCCAUCCCGUAGAAUUAUCAAAUCAGUAUUCUCAUCAGACCCAUGAAUACAAAAUUCUGUGUUAGUGAGCCAGGCACUUAGAUUGUCCAAUACCUUGCCAUUUUCUUCCCCCCUCCCCCCAUUCACUCUUAACUCUUAGCCACUGAAAUCCAUUCUAAAGGUGUGUCUGAUCCUGCACCUACUUGACUUCUGAAAUUUUUACUGAUGGAUCAGUCUUUAUGGUGCACCAGUUUUUCUGUAUUGUUUCAUGCUUUAUUGUGAACAUGGAUGUGGAUGAACUGAUUCUGAUUAUGCAGUAAAUUUUCAUCUCUG